AUGGGUGAUAAAGGUGACGGAGAAACUUUCGAUGAUGCAGUUGAAGAAAGGGUUAUCAAUGAAGAAUACAAAAUUUGGAAAAAGAAUACCCCCUUCCUCUACGACCUAGUCAUGACACACGCUCUUGAAUGGCCCUCACUGACUGCUCAGUGGCUUCCUGACGUGACCCGACCUGAAGGCAAGGAUUACUCAGUCCACAGAUUAAUUUUGGGCACACACACAUCAGAUGAACAGAAUCAUUUGCUUAUUGCAAGUGUUCAACUCCCAAACGAAGAUGCACAGUUUGAUGCCAGUCAUUAUGACAAUGACAAAGGAGAGUUUGGUGGAUUUGGCUCAGUAUCAGGAAAAAUAGACAUAGAAAUUAAGAUAAACCACGAAGGUGAAGUAAACAGAGCUCGUUACAUGCCCCAGAAUCCCUGCGUUAUUGCUACAAAGACACCUUCUUCAGACGUUUUGGUAUUUGAUUAUACCAAGCAUCCUUCCAAACCUGAACCUUCCGGUGAAUGUCAUCCAGACUUAAGGUUGCGCGGCCACCAGAAGGAAGGCUAUGGCCUAUCAUGGAACCCAAACCUGAAUGGUUAUCUUCUAUCUGCUAGCGAUGAUCACACAAUAUGCCUGUGGGACAUAAACGCGACGCCGAAAGAAGGUCGUGUGAUUGAGGCUAAGUCGGUGUUCACUGGUCACACUGCUGUUGUUGAGGAUGUGGCAUGGCAUUUGCUGCACGAGUCAUUAUUUGGAUCUGUCGCUGAUGACCAGAAACUGAUGAUCUGGGAUACCAGAUGUAACAACACUUCAAAGCCAUCCCAUACAGUGGAUGCCCAUACCGCUGAAGUCAAUUGUCUCAGCUUCAACCCAUAUUCAGAGUUUAUACUUGCUACUGGCAGUGCCGACAAAACUGUGGCUUUGUGGGAUCUUCGUAAUCUGAAAUUGAAACUACACUCCUUUGAGUCACACAAGGAUGAAAUAUUCCAAGUUCAGUGGUCACCCCACAAUGAGACUAUUCUUGCGAGCAGCGGUACUGACAGAAGACUGCAUGUAUGGGAUCUGUCUAAAAUCGGUGAAGAGCAAACUGCUGAGGAUGCAGAGGAUGGUCCUCCCGAGUUGUUGUUCAUUCACGGAGGACACACUGCCAAAAUCUCAGACUUCUCCUGGAACCCCAAUGAGCCCUGGGUCAUCUGUUCUGUCUCUGAGGAUAACAUUAUGCAGGUUUGGCAAAUGGCGGAGAACAUAUACAAUGAUGAUGAACCCGAGACUCCGGCUUCCGAAUUAGAGUCGGGUGUCAAUGUGAACCAUGGCUAA